AAAGAACUUUCAAAACUUGCUCCAGGUGAAUUCACUUUUAGAUAUGAUAACCCUGUUGGGUGUAUCAAAUGGCAUGAUACUAAAGAUGUGCAUGUUUUGACAACAGCAGUCAAUCCAUCAGAAGUUUCUGUUAUCAAAAGAAGACAGAAAAAUGGCACACUGAAAGAUAUGUUUUGUCCUACUGCAAUAGCUACAUAUACUUAGCAUAUGGGUGGAGUGGAUAAACUGGAUCACUUUAGAAGUUCUUAUCCUAUUGGCAGAAAAUCCAGAAAAACAUGGCUUCGUUUGUUUUGGUUUAUAUUUGAAACAUCAAUUAUAAAUGCUUAUAUACUAUACUGCGAAGAUAAGGAUAGAAAUAAUAUUCAUAGUGAUUUCAGACUUCGCUUGGCAAGAGCUCUCAUAAAUGGGUUGGUUGGUGGUGGUUACUAUGUUUCCAUGUUGCAUUUUACAACAAAUUAUUUACAGAUUGUAUUUUGUAUUUCAGAUAUACAGAAAGAAAACAAGCUGCUGUCAAGUUCAUAAAAAAGAAAAAUGGUCUGAGUGUUCCGGAUGAAAUCAGGCUAUCCAGACUCGGUGAACACUAUGGCAAAAAGGGCAGCUACAGGAGGUGCAGACACUGCAGUACUAGAGCCAAAGAAGUCAGAACCUAUUUUGAGUGCAAAAUAUGUGAGGUGCCCUUAUGCUUCGUUCCGGAACAAUUCCAUAAAAUAAACUAAUAUAGAAGUAGCCUCUUUUUUAUUUUACCUUGGAUAUACCACGUUUUUAUGAAAGGUAAUACAGGUUUUUAUAUAAUUAUAUAAAAUAAUAGGUAAAAAUAAUGUUGUUCUAAUCGGGCAAUGGUAGAAUAGCUCCCACAUAGAUUAAAAUAAAAAAAAAAACAAAGUAACAAAAUAUUUAUUUUUAUUUAAAGAAUUCUGGUAACAUCACAUUUAAGACUCACUGCAUUUAAAACCUCUUAAGUAGACCAAUUCACGGUGCCUGAUUAAGGGUUAAAUAUCAUAGUGUUAACACAAAGAAAUUAAGGCAGUUUAGAGAAUUAGGUAAACCUUGCGUGUGUAAGAUGAAAUGCUUUGACAAAUUUACUCAAGCAGAUCGUUUGGAGCUAUUUCAACAUUAUUGGAAUAUAGAAGACCAUGAAAAACAAUGGCUUUACAUACAGAAGUUGAACAGCCUAAAGUUACCAAAGUUCAAAGAAAGCGAGAUAGGUCUCGCACAUUAAUUUACUAUCUACCAUUAUGUAAAGAUGUUACAAGUCACAAAACUUAGAGUAAGCAAAGUAAUGUUUUUAAAUACUUUGGGUAUCAAAGAAAAAACUGUUUACUCUGCUAUGAAUAAAUAUACGAAUAACUUGCAAAUAACGGAUUUACGGGGCAAACAUGCUAACCGUCCCCACAAAACAAGUGAUGAAACUGAGCAAAGUGUAAUACAUCACAUAAAAUCAUUCCCAUGUAUCGAAUCUCACUAUUUAAGAAAGCAAACUAUGUAGGUGUCAAUAUCUCGCCUCUGAUUUAAACUUGUCUAAAAUGCAUCGAUUAUAUGUAGUUUGGAUGUCAGAAAAUUUAAACACAGUAAAAGAAGCAAGUUUAUACCAACAUAGUAAUAUUUUUAAUUCCCAAUUUAAUCUUUCAUUUAAACCAAAGAAAGAUAUGUGUCAAAUCUGUAGUCUUUAUGAAAAUGCUGAUGUUGACCGUAAAAUUGAACUAAAGGACAACUACGAAAGCCAUUUAAAAAAUAAAACCCUGAUACGCAAAAUUAAAGAUAACGAAAAAGCUACAUCAAAUCCUGCCUGAGACUACGACUGUCGCUGUGUUUGACUUGGAAAAGAUAUUAAACUUGCCACAAUUCAAUGUGGGUAUUUUUCAUUAUAAAAGGGAAUAUCCAGUCUAUAACUUCACGGUAUACAAUUUAUAAUCCUUACAAGGAUACUGCUAUUUGUGGCACGCACAGAUAGCUAGAAGAGGGGCUAACGAAAUUGCAAGCUGUCUUCUUCAAAAAAGAAGCACUCAAUGGUGUCAAAUCAGUGUCUUUAUAUUCUGAUAAUUGUUCGGGCCAGAAUAGAAAUCGAUUUAUAUUUGCUAUGUACAUGCACGCUUCCCGUACACUAAAUUUGGAUAUAGUUCAUAAAUUUUUACAAACAGGUCAUACCCAAAAUGAAGGGGACUCUAUCCCUUUAACGACGCUCUUAUACGAUCGUGCGUUCAACUUUACAAAAAUAUUUUCGCGCGCUCGAUCAACUUUUAACGUUUAGUAUAGUGUGAACUUUGCCGCAAAGGUUACACUUGCGAGAAGUUGUCGCGGAUUUCUGCCCUUUUUAAAAUGGCGGUGCAGCUGAUCGACGCGCGUGGACAAAAAAGAACAUCAACCUCGGAGUACUUAUUAGAAUUGAUAGGAGACGGAAACGAGUCUGAGAUAGAGGGUUUCGAAGACGAGGAAUGUCUUGAAGAGGAAGGCAUUGAUUCUGUGCCAGAUCGGGUGGCGGGUCAGUCGUAUUCGGAUGACGAAAUUUCUAAUAGCGAGCGAGAAGAAGAAGCCACUAAUAUUCAGGUACCAGAAAUUAUACGUCCUAGUUUGAAUACAGUCUGUGUUGGAUCUCAACGUGGUCGUGGGGAUUCACAGAGAGGUGGAGGACCUUCGCAACGAAAUCGUGGUGUCUGUCAACGUGGUCGUUCUGUAAGUCGCCGGCAUCAUCUACCUGAUCGUUCACCAAGCGCACCAACCACAUCUCAUGGUAAUUCUCGGCACCGCACGAGAGACCGCAUGAGUAGAAAUGAUCAGCUGCUUAAUUUAUCAGGAACUUCGCCACCUCUACCUAGCGUUCGUGCUCAGUCCGAGGUAACUCAACGCAACAGGGAUCCGUCUAGGCGAAGGCUAUGGAAAUCUAUUCCAUUUGACCAAAAAGAGCAUAAUUUUCCGCCACGGAACAACAAACUAUUAGAAGGCCUCUCGAAUACUUCGAGGACUAUUUUGACGAUGCAUUUUAUGAGAAAGCUGCUUACUGCACAAAUAAUUACUACUUGAGACAAAC